AUGGCAAAUCGUCACUUAAUCAUUUUCGUCCUAAUAGUUACCAUAUGUUUUGUUAUCCCAUCCACCUUUUUAGUAAUCUGUAUAGCAUUUCGCUUCCGCGUCGCAGGCAUUCACCGCCAAUAUCCAGACAACGGCGGUGAAUCAGACGCGGAAGCAGGGGCUAGCCGUGUGGUUGGUCUUGAUGAGUCUACGAUUCAAUCGUACAGAAAAAUUGUUGUUGAUAAGAACGAAUCGAGUUGCCCGAUAUGCCUGGCGGAGUACAAUGCCGGAGAAAUAGCAAAGUGUAUGCCGGGAUGUCAACAUUGCUUCCAUAUUGAUUGUGUUGAUAAGUGGUUGAAGUUGAAUACUACUUGUCCUGUUUGUCGAAAGUGUCUCCUUUUCUCUAAAUUGCCUAAUUUGUAG